AGAAAAUUGGUUAUAUAAUAAGAUAUAUAUUUCAGACAAUGUUAAAUAAGUCAGCGUUUAUUGAUUCUUCUAUUAAAUAUGAUAAAAAUAUGAAGAAAGGGUUUGAAUUUUCAAAUAAUGUUAAUUGUGAAUUACCUGAAUGUUAUAAUAAUGAUGAAUUGUUGUCGGAUUAUAUUUCUUUACGACGUACAUCAUCAUGUCAAGCGUUACCUUCGUCACCUUCAUGUGAUAUAAAAAUUCGUUUGGCUGAGCUAACAACAUAUAUACCAUCAAGAAAAUAUAAACUUUUUCGAAAAAUUAUUAGAUUAAUAAGGCAAAAGAACAUUAUUUCUACAUGCAAGAAUUAUAUUUCUCAUUUUUAUUUUUAUAUAUUAGAGUUUAUUCAACAAACAUUGAGUUUUUGUUUUGUUUUUAAGAAAAAUCAAGGUUUAGAAGAGUCUGAAAAUUAUAAAAGAUUUAAAGAAGAGGAAUGCUAUCGCAGAGCUUUCUUGCAAGAAAUUUUAAUUUUAACAUUCUUUAAGCAAUUUAGUGUAAAACAAGAGCAAAUAAAAGACGAUGAAUCUAAUCCUUCUAAUAUUAUUAAAAAUGGAGAUAGAUUUGUUAUUAAACCGAGUACAUCAACAUGUCCUAUAACGCCACAAUUGCAGUCAUCAUCUUCAACUAUAGCUUCUGUUUCUCAAACAUCUACAGAUUAUGCGUUGCAUGCUUUUGAAUUAUCUCCUCCAUUUUAUAAUAUUAAUCAAUUGUCACCAGGUGAUUUUCAAUCUAGUCCUGAUAAAAGUUCAAUUGUGUAUACUGGUGAUGAAAAAUUAAGUCCUAAUAUUUCAUUAUCUCCAGGUAAUUGUAAAUUACAUCUCCAUGAUACUUAUGUAGGUAAUAGCUUUUUAUCAAAGAGAACAAAGAAUGGAAAUUGGAAUAUUAUGAUAUUAUAGAUUCUAUUAUAACUUAUACAUACAGGAUUUGCUUAAUUUUUG